UUUGGACAGAUGAAAAUGGCAAUGGAAAAGUGCAGCGUUAUUUCAUCAUAUCAUAACGUACAGUUAAAAUGUGUGGCUAUGUAUCAUAUAAAAAGUAAACUAUGUAAGUUAGAGAACAGAUAAUUCACGUUUACCAAACCGGUUUGGACAGCAAUCAUCAGAAAUACGGCACAAAAUGUACGACUACAAAAAGGAACCUGUAUGAAAAGUAUGGUGCUUUCAUGAACUGUGUGACUAGGUGCUACACAAGCGAGUGCAGCUUUAAUCCAUUCCUCUCGAAAGUCUUUACUAGUUUCACAAUCAAGCAUGAAGGUUGAACUGCUCCCAGCAUUGAUUGACAACUACAUGUAUCUUCUUAUUGAUGAGGAGACCAAGGAAGCAGCAAUUGUGGACCCUGUGGAGCCACAAAAGGUUGUGGAAGCAGUCAAAAAGCAUGGUGUGAAACUAACGACUGUUCUUACUACACACCAUCACUGGGACCAUGCAGGAGGCAAUGAGAAGAUGGUGAAGUUGGUUUCUGGGCUGAAUGUUUAUGGGGGAGACAGCAGAGUGGGGGCCCUUAACCACAAAGUCACACACUACAAUACAUUCAAGGUUGGCUCCUUGAAUGUUAAGUGCCUGUUUACACCGUGUCACACAUCUGGACACAUCUGUUAUUUUGUUACUAAAGAGAGCAGUUCAGAACCCCCUGCUGUAUUUACUGGUGAUACUCUUUUCAUUGCUGGGUGUGGGAAGUUCUUUGAAGGCACCGCAGAUGAAAUGUACAAAGCUUUGAUUGAGAUUCUUGGACGCCUGCCACCUGAAACCAGGGUUUAUUGUGGACAUGAGUACACUAUCAACAAUCUGGAGUUUGCUCAACAUGUGGAACCAAGAAAUGAUGCCAUCAAGAAAAAACUAGCUUGGGCAAAGGACAAAUAUGACAACGGUGAACCUACCAUCCCUUCCACUAUAGCUGAAGAGUUUACCUACAACCCCUUUAUGAGAGUCAGGGAGAAAUCAGUGCAGGAACAUGCUGGGCAGUCUGAUCCUGUCACUACUAUGGGUUUCAUUCGCAAAGAGAAGGAUAACUUCCGAGUGCCCAAGAACUGUCUGUAAAGUGGAAUAACAGAACAUGCUUUCUUACAUGCGCUUUUCUGGCACUACCCUGCACCCACGGUGCACAGCUAGCAGUAACUGGAACACUGAACAGCAUGCCUGACUCAUCACUUACUGCUUUGUAAAUUGAAUGUAUAAAAAAAUAAAAGAGCUCUAUAUUUUAAUGUCUAAAGCACCUUUCCUGUUCAUGGGACUAAGAAGUUUUAAAAAUGUGCAUCUUAACAUUGAGUGCAGUACGUACUUUAUUUUUAUUACAAUUAAAAAGAAAAACAGCAGGCAGAUAUUGUGUGGUCCAUUCAAGCAAUAGUGAGAACACAAAAAAAAAAAAAAAAAAAGAUAUGCAUGCAAAUGUUAAACAUCUUUGCCCAGCAUAUUUUAUUUUCUGUAUUUUUUUCUGUUUGUUUGGUCUUUGUCUAUUGCUUAUCAAUAUUAUUUAAACACUGGUUGUCAGGACUUGCAGAAAACAAUUAUCUUAAGGUACAGAUAGCAUUUUCUGAUGUAACCUUGGCUGGAGCUUUUUAAUAAUAAUUAAAACAUGUAUAAACUAUUGUUGGACUCCUAAUAUUUAACUUUAGUUAAAGAUGUGCAUGAUGCAUGUCAUAUGAGCAAUAAACCUGAUUGAUGUGGAUAAUCAA